AUGGCAGACACGAGACCGGUCUUCUUCUUUGAUAUUGACAAUUGUGUACGCAAGAAGGUCCACGAUCACAUGACAGUAUUGAUAGAUGAUUACUUUAUGAAGCAUCUGGAGUUGGACCAGGAAGAAGCCUUCCGACUUCAUCAAGAAUACUACAAGACAUAUGGCUUGGCUAUCGAAGGCCUCGUACGACACCAUCAGAUCGACCCACUCGAGUACAACCUUCAAGUCGAUGAUGCUCUUCCUCUCGACGAAAUCCUCGCUCCAGAUGCCCAGCUCCGGAAGCUUCUCGAGGAUGUGGAUAAGACCAAAGUCAAGCUCUGGCUGUUUACCAACGCCUAUGUCACUCACGGGCAGCGCGUGGUACGAUUGCUAGGAGUUGAGGAUAUGUUUGAGGGCAUGACUUUCUGCGAUUACGGCAAGAGGCCGAUGCUUUGCAAACCUCACUUGGGAAUGUUUGAUAAAGCUAUGAGUGAAGCUGGAGUGAAGGAAAUGAAGGAUUGUUACUUCGUUGAGCUGACAGCGACAGAUGAUUCGGCGCUGAACUGUGGUAAGGCUGAGGAGAUUGGGUGGACAACCACUCAUCUUGUUGAAGAAGGGGAACCUCUACCUGCCAUCAAGCCUUGCAAGAAUCAGAUUCGGCACUUAGAAGAGCUCAGGACUUUGUUCCCGCAAUUCUUCAAAACAUCUUGA